AUGCGAGUCGUGGGACUAAGGUGCGUGUGCGGGGAGGGGUUGGGUGUGCGCGUUGAGGGGGUGGGCGUUCGCCGUGAGGGGUUGGGUGUGCAGGGAGAGGUGGGUGCGGGGAUAGAAGGCUCGGUAGGCGUGCUGCUGCCGGUCGGCUUCAUCGAGCUUAUGGGGUCGGAAGAGCAGGCGGAGGAGCAGAGCAGUCAGGGGGAAGGGCUGGGGAAGUGCAAGGGGCAGGGACGGAAGCAGAAGCGCGGGCAUGGGCAUGGUAGGCGCAUUGCGAGCGUUGAUUCUAGUGAGGGCAGCGGCAGUGGCGGCGGUGGCGGUGCUGGGAGUGUCGAGGCUGCAGCAGCGGCGGGGGUAGGGUUAGCGUUAGAAGGGGGAGGAGCAGAGAGGGAGAAAGGAGCAGAGGGUGGGGAGGCUGGCGGAACGGGUGGGGGAGUGGAUGGGGAGGGGCGGGUGGGGGAGAUGGGUGGAGGAGAACAGCGGCUACAGCAAGGGGAGGAGAGGAAACAGGAGGGGCAAGGGGAAUGGCAGACGCAGCAGCAAAAGCUGCAGCAGUCGCAGGGGAAGCAGGGAGAGGGAGGGAAUGGGGUUGGCGAUGGGGAUGAGCAAAGCCUGGGAGGAGGCUCGGAAGAAGGUUUGGAAGGAGGCUCAGAAGAAGAUUCGAAAGGAGGUUCGGUGGCAGGCUCGGUAGCAGAGGGGCGGCUGUUUGACCUGCUGGGCGCGGUGGUGCGGAACGAGAAAGAGGUGCAGCUGAUUGGGCAAUGCGGGCGACGCGUGCUCGUGUGGUGGUGGAGGGCUGAAGCACGGCAAGACAGCAAGUUCCCUGCAGAGUGGGUUGUAUCACCGCAACUGCCCAUUACUGUCCGUGCCAAGUCAACCCCCUGGCCUGACCCCCUGCCUCCUCCCCCUCCUAGCCCUCCCUCCCCCCCAUCCCCGCUGCCCCCGCCAAAAAACAAAAAGGGCGGUGGGAAGAAAAAGGGUGGAAAGCACAAGAAUAAUCAUUGA